AUGGACGUGAUGUCCCCGCAACAGGAGCACCUCGGCCCGGGCCGCUCGUCCUCGGUGAGCGGCGAGAGCAGGGGCUUCGCCGCCGCCGACAGCAAGAAGAAAAUGAAGAGUUUGGCCCAAAGACGCCAGUCUGCACCAUCUUUGAUCUUUGUCAAAGCACUCAGCAGAUCUAGAUCGGCCUCAAGGGAAGGCUGUUUGUCCCCCAUCAGCCCAGAGGCAUGGCCCCUUGUGCAGUCUUUCAUCUGCCACAACCGAACCUUCAUCCUGGAUGGCCACGUGCAGCUGAAGACGAGUCUGCAAACCCAGGAGCGACACCUUUUCCUCUUCACAGACCUUCUGGUAGUUGCCAAGUCCAAGUCACACUCUCAUUUCAAACUGAAGUGCCAAGCACGUCUCUGUGAGAUGUGGACAGCAUUUUGUACAGAAGAAGUGUGUGAAGGCAGCACAGACCCAGACCGCUCCUUUGUUUUGGGCUGGCCCACCACAAACUGUGUGGCAAAUUUCAGGUCUGCAGAACAAAAGGAAACAUGGCUGUCUUUUUUGCAAAGUCGAAUAAGAGAAGAGAAGGAAAAGGACAAUCCUAAAAGCAUUCCUCUGACGAUAAUUGCAAAGGACGUGGGAACUUGUGCAUAUUCAAAAACCCUAAGUGUAACCAAUGUUGAUACAGCAAAUGAUGUAAUUCUGAUGGCCCUGCAGCAGCUGGGAAUUAAUGGCUCUGAAAAAGACUACAAGCUGUGGGUGAUUUCGGGAAGAGAACAUGCUCCUUACCCUCUUAUUGGACAUGAAUAUCCCUUUGGAAUUAAAAUGAGCCACAUUCGUGAUGCUAUGCCCCACGGAUCAAAGCACUGUGCCUGCCCCAGGCAGCUUCAGGGCCCUUUCUUGACUGAGCAGCUGCCCCAGGAGCUGCAGUGCCAGUUCGUGCUGAAGCCCAGCCAGGUGGCCACGUGCCAGCAGCUGAACGACUUAAGCCAAAAGUCAUUUAAAAGGAAAAGAUCUAUCAUAAACUGGGCUUUUUGGCGUGGCCCAGGCACUCACUUGGACAAUGCACCCCUCUCCUCAACAUCUGCUGCUCCUGGGAAGCUCUUUGGCCUCUUACUAACAACCAUCUGUGAGGAUGACAACCUGCCCAAACCCCUCUUGGACAUGCUUUCCCUCCUUUACCAAGAGGGGCCUUCCACCAAGGGUAUUUUCAGACGCUCUGGAAGUGCAAAAACAUUCAAAGAGCUAAAGGAGAAGCUUGAUUCUGGCACUGAAGUGGACCUGGCCUGUGAAUCCAUAUUUGUGACAGCAUCUUUGUUUAAGGAUUUUCUUCGCAAUAUCCCAGGCAGUAUUUUAUCAUCCCAGCUGUGUGAUAAGUGGAUCUCUGUGCUGGAUCAAGGAAAUAAUGAAGAGAAAAUAAAAAGCAUCCAAAGGUUAAUAGAGCAUCUCCCCAGAGCUAAUGUUGUUCUCUUACGUUACAUCUUUGGAGUACUGCAUGGGAUAGAAAUGCGAUCUGAAGAGAACCAGAUGAAUGCUUUUAAUCUGGCUGUCUGCAUUGCACCUAGCCUGCUCUGGCCUCCUGUUUCCUCCACUCCUGAUAUAGAAAGUGAAUUUAUUAAAAAGAUUUCUAGUCUGGUACAGUACCUCAUUGAGAAUUGCUGCAGGAUUUUUGGAGAUGAAAUUACCUCCCUCUUUGGAGAAAUACUGAUGACAUGCAAGAGAGAGAACAGCUCAGAUGUUGCUUCUCUGCAUCAGAAUGACUCUUCCUAUGACAGCCUGGAAAAUGAGGCAAAUGAUGAAGCUGACUCUUCCUCCAGUGACUGGAUUAAAACCCGUGAUCAGGAUAACAGAAGCAGGGAGUCUGUCUUCACUCUGAGCGACGGCGACUCGGAGCAGACGGAGGUGGAUGAAAUCCAGAGCCAAAACAAACUGAAGCAGUUGGCGAUUUCCACUGACGUGCACCUGAAGUUUUCCUCGCAAGAAAACUCAAAUGAGUCUCCCUACUCCAGUGGCUUCCCCUCAGCAGCUACCUCAGGUGCUCCCAAAACUGUGAGGAGGCAGCGGCGCUCCUCCGAGCCUGCAGUUGGCCUGCAGAGCUCCAGUUCCGCCCGCGCCGAUGCCGGGCGUGAGAAGGCGAUGCGCAAAGCCAGCUGUGACGUUGUCCUGUCUCACGGAGAUGAGGAGUGCCUCUGCCAGCGCCGGUCGUUGCAGGUGGAAAGGCAAAAGCUGGGCAAUCAGAGCUUGCUUAUAGGGAUUAACGUUGGUAAAAGUGACAACGCAAACCAAAACGUUGAAAGGAAAGACCUGUCCCAUUGUCUCCUGCCUCCAACGCCAGAGGGAUUCAAUAUUUGCUCAGGAUUUAGCUCUUUUAGCCGGUCUUCUUCUGGGACGUCUCCAUCUGUGUCAUCGAUUUGCUCCUUGGACAGUGCUUUCUCAGUGUUUUCAGACCAGGCUCUGUUUACCUUAAGUGAAACCUCCUGCCCUUUCGAUAGCACUUUCCAGUCACUAAAGAAACACGAAGAUGCUGCUGCUGCUGUGGCUGAUGACUGUUUUCUUCCACCCACCAUGGUGCCACCAUCUCCACAACCUACUGACAGUGGGGCUGAGGGGAGCUUGGUGGGGCCCAGCAGCAGGUCAGCACCCCUGAAACCUACUGAUGGAGUUGAUGGCUGUUUCAUUAAACCUGACCUUCAGCCAUUGCCUCUGAAAGUCACCGGGAGAGACAGACUUCAUGCAAAGAGGAGGUCUAGAAAAGCAUUACAGCAGUCCAAAGUUUGA